AUGGGGAAGCGGCGGAAAGUCACGCAUAAUGCUCGACCGUCGCAGAAGUCAAAUACCGGCGGUCAAAAGCCGCAGGGGGUAACAAGACCGACACCUCAAAAGCAGAAGCAGAAGCAACCACAGUCGCAACACGACGAGCCCACGAUACCCUUCGCACCCGAAGACAAAAUCCUAUUAGUUGGCGAUGGCGACCUCAGCUUCGCGGCCUCUUUGGUCGAGCACCAUUACUGUGCCGACGUGACAGCCACGGUUCUUGAAAGGAAUCUUGAGGAGUUGGUAGAAAAGUAUCCCCACGUACCGGAGAACAUCGCCAAAAUCGAGGCCGAAGAUAGCAAGGUGCUCUACGGCGUGGACGCCACCAAAAUGGUACCCUUCGUAGACAAGAAAGGAAAGGAUAGCACGGGAGUCAUGGACCGGAUUAUCUUCAACUUCCCGCAUGUCGGCGGGAAGAGCACCGACGUCAAUCGACAAGUCCGGUAUAACCAGGAGCUACUAGUAGAAUUCUUCAAGCACGCGAUGCCGUCCCUAGCACCCGGGGGCUCGAUCAUCGUCACGUUAUUCGAGGGCGAGCCGUAUACGCUGUGGAACAUUCGAGACCUCGCUAGACACACCGGUCUCCAAGUUGAGCGCAGCUUCAAGUUCCAAGCAAGUGCGUAUCCGGGUUAUCACCACGCAAGAACGCUUGGCGUGGUGAAGAGCAAAAGCGGAGAAGCGGGCGGCGGUUGGAAGGGUGAGGAUAGGCCUGCGAGAAGCUAUAUAUUCGUUCGGAAAGACGACGAAGCUCGACCGCGUCCGGGAAGUAGUAAGAAGCGCUCGAGGGCUCGGGAUGAUGAGUCUUCGGACGAUGAUUGA